ACAGCCCCCUCCCGCACUGAGCAUGCGCGGUCCGCUCUGACGUCGCCGCAGUGCAUCACGGGAGUCGCAGUCUUUCGCUGCUUCCUGUUUUCUGACCGCGGGAGUGAGCUCAGUUCAGCUGCUCUGUUUGGAAUCGAGAAAAAACUUAAUAACCAACAGCUUAUGUCUGUGUUCGAGUCGUCUAGCGCCUCCUGCAGGCCCAUCACUGCAGUGGCCUGGGUGUCUAACAGCAGCGCCUGCCCUGGCCACUUCACCCUGAUCGGUCAGACUGAGGAUGGAGCCUCUGCUAACUUCAUCCGAGGGUUUGCAAUCAAGUCAGGAUACUUCCUGUGUUACAGUAAGGAUCUGUCUGUUGGGAUGGUCGUGGCGGAUGUGCAGGUGAUUACGGAUAAAGAGACGAUUCCUCAUGGUUACUCCUACAUCCCAGAAUUCCUGGAGCACAGGGCAUCUGUCGGGAAGAAGAAGCGCAUCUGUGUGCGGAUCGUCCCCAUGGGCAGUGUUACGACGGCUGUUCUAGAUCUCAAACUGACAGCCAAGAAUAAGAGCAUGGUGCAGCAGUACACCUGCCUGGGGGACAUAAAUGGCUUCGUGGUGUGGUGUUUAAAGGGCCAGUUCUCCACUCCAGUGCCUCAGGCCAAGCCUCGCCGUGUCAGUCUGGACAUGCGCCGUCUCUCUCUGGAAGGAGCUGGACCCCCGCAGCCUCUCAGACCCAGCAAUCCUCCUGAUGUCCCACCGAAAGCCAGCUUUCGGCGCAGUAAGCUUGAUACGAACAACCUGAUGGAGGGUGUGAAUGACAGUGGUAACCACAGCAACAUCCACAGUAUCACAGGAAUGGAUGGAGUUCCUUUCUCUCUACACCCGAAGUUUAAUUCUCAGUCAGACACAAAGGUGUCUGCGAGCACACUGAGUGACAUCCGUAUCAAAUCAGUGCAGGACAUUGAGAACGAGUAUAAAUACACGUUUGCGGUGGAGGAGCAGGCAGCGAAGAGACUCUGUCCGUCAGUGAGCGGAUGAAUCGUUCCUCUCGUCGGAUCAGAAUCAGAUUCCUUCGUGGUAGCACUCGGACUCUGGAUGAGCUCACACAAAUCUUCCUGGUUUUAUAAUCAUGUGUGUUUAAGUUAGACCCAAACACACACUGCUGGUUCUGGUUGGUCUCAUUCUCUCUCUUUUCUUCUCUGGGUUGGUUAAACAUGUUAUCUAUGUGUGUUUCUACGAAACACUUAACAGGCGAAUCAAAGGGCUGGACAAAGUGCCUUCAGUGAUAUGUGCAUUAUAUAUUUUAUAAGGCCAAAGUAUUCUAUGUAUCUGUUCUGGGAGCUGCAGUUUAGUAUUUAAAAAGUCUGGUUACACUAAUAUUCUUUAUUUAGCUUAUAAAAAAUGUAAGUUUCAGAAAUGUGAGGACCAAAAAAAUAAUGUGUUUUUCUUGUAUUCUCUGAAUUGCUCUUUUUAAAUAUUCUUAAAACUAUUGGAUAAUGUCAUACUAUGGUGCUCUGCGAGUUACUCGUUGAAAACAUUUGUACUUGCUUUGUUAAAAUCUGUCUUUUGUGGAAUUUUAAAAUAAAAAUGUUCAGAUCUUGA